GAUCGUGUCAUUUGAAAAUGUAUCUUGUAAAAUUCCAUUGAUAAAGUAAACAAAAUCAAAGGUAAUGCAUAGUUAAAAAAUAAAAAAAUUAUUGCAUAGGUCUUGAUGAACAUGAAUCAAUGACUAUGCACCUGCCAGAGUACGGCACCUUAGCUCACGAGAAGCUCUGGACAAUGAAACGGCAAGCCGAAAUUGCGGGCUUCCGAGUACACGUCUACCAGCGAUUCCCGAAAGUUUCCUGGUCCGUUGAGGCGCAUCAAGUGCCGCUACUGCACGACGAAUCUAGGCUGUAUGAUCCGUGGCUGCUUCUGCGUACUGAAGAAGAUGAGCUAACAGCAAAUGGUGGCGCAGAGCCAGUCCCCUUGUACAUACGCGAACUCGCGACGGAGCAGGACUUAGACGGCCUGCAGAGCGACGUGCAAUUAUGCCUAGAGCAGAAGUGGCUUCGUGCAGUCGAGUUAGGUAAACACCGACGUACAGACGCGGCAAGAUGCCCGAUAGGGUCUGCGGAAACCUGAACAAGGGUGAAAGGGAAAAAGGAGAGGCGAAGGGCCCAGCCAGCGGCAGAGGAACAGAGGCGAGAAAAAAAAGAAAAGAAAGAUAAGAGGGCUAAAGAACCCCAGAAAAAAGAAAAGUAAGACCCUCCUCCCCGCUGGUUGUGGUUGCCAAAGGAGACCUCCGACUAUCAACAGACAAAAUAACUGAGAAGUAGGGCAGUGUCAGUAACUUAAGAGGAAGUAGAGCAGUGCCGGUAACUUAAGAGGAAGCAGCUCUUAAAGUCCCAGAAAAGCUGAAAGUCAAAGCGCCGUAGUAGCCGUUACGUUUUCUGACAUUAAAACGGGUACAGAGUUUGUUUUUGGACUUUUGAAGAAGAAGAACACAAGAGCUUACAAACGUAGACUUUUUUUUUAAGGACGCGCCCAACAAGAAAGCGAAAGGUGGAUAACUAGGACAGAUGUAGGCUUGAUGGCACGAAGCACAUACUCGAGGCUUCUCACGCAAGAGGUUUGGGACGCGGAAGUCGUAGGGCACUUGGUCUCGUGGAUGGACGCCUGGUUGCCCGCGGUGGCCAG